AAAACCAACCAAUCAACCAAUCAACUUCAUCAAACCAAAUCAAAUCAGAACAAGAUGUCAAUCCUAUACGUUUGUAUUGCCUAUGGAACUAAAAUCUUAUCAGAAUUCUCAAUCGAUAGUGCCCAAAACUUUUCAAAAGCUACUUCUACUAUUCUUUCUAAAAUCGAACCAAAAGAUAACAAACUAACAUAUGCAGCUGAAAAUUACCUUUUUCAUUAUGAUAAAAAAGAUGGAAUAGUCUUCAUGUGUAUGGCAGAAGAAUCCUUUGGAAGGAAGAUCCCAUUCACAUUCCUAGCAGAACUUCAACGUAAAUUUACCAGUACGUUUACUCGUCCAGAAAUCACUUCAGCUCCUCCAUACGGUCUAACGACCUUCAACGAGUACUUAACCAACCUAACCCAAACCUACAACCAAAGCUCAAGCGAUCCGAUUUCAAGUUCAUCAAGUCAACCCAUCAAUAAUGAUCAAAUUCAUAUUGCUCGAAACGAGCUAUCAAACGUUAAAGAGAUCAUGAUUAAGAAUGUAGGAGAGAUCUUGAGUCGAGGUGAACGGAUCGAACUUUUAUUAGACAAAACUGAUAAUCUUAGUGCUCAGUCUAAUGCGUUUAGGAAACGUACUCAACAACUUAGAAGAAAGAUGUGGUGGAAGAAUACGAAGAUGAUUGCGCUUAGUGGGAUGGUGGCUGUAUUGAUUGUGUAUAUCUUAAUGGCACAAACUUGUGGUGCUACUUUAACACAUUGUACUUCAUAAUCCUAAACUCUUCGACUUCUUCUAUGAAUUCCUUUUUUCCGUUCAGUUUUGCUGUCUUUCUCAUCGUACCUCUUUUUUUCCCUAUUCUCUUUUUCUCUUCACCAAAUCCCAAAUGCAAAUCUUAUAUUUAUAUCUUUUUUUUUCAUCACUUUGAUGAAGGAAUUUUUUUUUCUCGAUCUGAAUAUAUAUAUCAUUCAUGUAUCUUGUAACUUGAUAGUUUACCUUUCUGAAUGAAACUUGACUCGUAUGACCAAAGUUU